CCCUACAUGAAAGGGAGGCACAAACUUUGAAAUUCCACGUUGCAGCCUUAUUCAGAGAGCUGCCCCGAGCGAGCAUGCCCAUAUUAACAGAAGGCCUCGGCGAUGUGAUUCGGUGUCCAGGGGCCACCCCGAGCUCCCGGCCGCCGACGGCGGGUCCUGGCCCGGGCGUGCGCGCGUGCAGCGCCCCGUGUGCGCUGCAUUGUGCGUGGCGAGCUCCCGCACGCAGGAGUGCCGCCUCGGCGCGGGCUGAGGGUAUAAAUAGAAGCUGAUUUCAGAGGCUGUCACAUUGCCACCUUGUGACAGGCUGAGGCCUCCCAUGUGAUCCCGGCAAGCUGUGCGCGGGGACGGGAGGCAGCCCAUGGCCCCUUGGGGGUCCCGCGGCCGGGAAGGGAAGACUAAGGGGGCCGGAGCUUGCGGUGCUGCAGUGGGUGACAUCGCGAGUCCGCCUCGCCUGCCCGAGUCCACGGCGGCGGUGCUUCCCGUGGCUGGCCUGCAGUUCCGGCCCAGGGCUUUGUCCGGCGGUGCUGAGGAAGUGCUGCCGUUGGGCUGCGUGAACUGUCCAACUUUGUGCACGCUUUGCUGCGUCCGGACAAAGAAAUGCAAAUUCAUUUUCUUGUCACUGCAAGAAGCGACUUAAAAAUCCAGGCUGAAAAUGUGUAUUAAUAAACUUAAUAAGUGAUGUUGAAAUGUUUAUACUACCCUGCUCCAAAAUGAGUCAGCUAAAUUCCACUUACUAUUUAAAGAGACAGCGUCCCCUACAUUAGCAUUGCUCAAAACAAGCUGUGGCUCUUGAUCACUUUCCAUACAAACUCAGUGGCUUUCCAGAAAAGUUCUUGGAAAAGCAUGUUCUGGAAAACUUGCCCAUUUCAGAGCUCUUUUUAACUUUUGUAAACUCAGUACAUUUUCUGCAACUUGCCCUGCAGUGGUACUUAUCAUUUAACAAAUGGAAAAAUUGUCAUUUUGAAGUUGAGGAGUACUCAGUCCUUCCCUCUUAGAAUUUGGAUAAUUACCGUUUGCUUGCUUAAUUGUAUUUUAGUGAAUUGUAGUUGGAAAAUGACCGACUGCAAAGAGUUAACCACUACUUUUGUUUGUGAGUUCUUGAGUAAUGGGCGUUUCUCUUACCAGAAGGAAGGACUUCGUGUUGACUCUGUUUCUCUUCAUUUGAGCCAGACUUCUGGGAAAGCAAGGGUGAACUUGAUGUAGGUUUUCCCUGGUAGUAUAACAUUAAUAUUUAGUUAGUAAAGGUAUUUAUGUUGCUCGGCUGCCGCCAAUUUGAGCUUGCAAAUGUUUUCUUCUGGUUGUAAGACAAAUAGUAGAGCCUUAGGCUGAGAACUCCGAGAUUGGUGGGAAUGGAACCUGGCUUUCCUAAGCAGCUGGCACCCACACUCAGGGCCUCGGAGGAGGCUGAAAAAUAUGGCUCAAGAGACUAACCAGACCCCAGGGCCCAUGCUGUGUAGCACAGGAUGUGGCUUUUAUGGGAAUCCUAGGACAAAUGGAAUGUGUUCCGUUUGCUACAAGGAGCACCUUCAGAGACAACAGAAUAGUGGCAGAAUGAGCCCAAUGGGGACAGCUAGUGGUUCCAACAGUCCUACCUCAGACUCUGCAUCUGUACAAAGAGCAGACGCUAGCUUAAACAACUGUGAAAGUGCUGCUGGUAGCACAUCUGAAAAAUCAAGAAAUGUGCCUGUGGCUGCUUUGCCAGUAACUCAGCAAAUGACAGAAAUGAGCAUUUCAAGAGAGGACAAAAGAACUACCCCGAAAGCAGAGCUGUCAGAGCCAGUGGUCACUCAGCCCAGUCCAUCCGUUUCUCAGCCCAGUGCUUCUCAGAGUGAAGAGAAGGCUCCUGAGUUGCCCAAGCCAAAGAAGAACAGAUGUUUCAUGUGUAGAAAGAAAGUUGGCCUUACAGGGUUCGACUGCCGAUGUGGAAACUUGUUUUGUGGACUUCAUCGUUACUCUGACAAGCACAACUGCCCUUACGAUUACAAAGCAGAAGCUGCAGCGAAAAUCAGGAAAGAGAAUCCAGUUGUUGUGGCUGAGAAAAUCCAGAGAAUAUAGAGUACUACUUGUGAAGAGACUGAAAGUUUGUUUUUAUUUUAAUAUAUCGUAGGAAAACAUUAAAGAGCAGAUGCAUGGCCA